AUGGUUCCUGCUAUAAGAAAAAAAAUUCAAUCUUUUUUAUUUACACUUUUCAUCCCAUUUCCCUUAGCGUGCUCGGCGGUGAAAAUCAUCAACCUGAAAGUCCCAUCCACCUACCUGCUGGAUCAAACGUCCAAAACGCCCGACCCGCUAAUACUCGACUGCGAGUACGAGGUGGACGAAAGCGAGAAGGGUUUCGUGCUGAAAUGGCUGCUGGAUGGACAGCCGGUCUACCAGUGGAUACCGUCAAAAAAUCCUUUUCCCUUCCAAUCGUUUAAGAACCGCGUCGAUACCAGCUACGUCGUGUCACAGGAGCACCUGCACAAGCAUCGAGCGAUGGCGAUCAUCAAACCACUGGCCAACUUUACCGGCGAGUACAUGUGCAUCGUGCAGACGUACGCGUCGAUUGAUAGGAAAUCGGCCAAGCUGAAAAUUAUCGUUCGGGAGAGUAAAUUCGACCUAAGCUACUACCUGAACGGCGAUGGGUACAUCACGGUUGAUUGCCACGCACGGGACAUUUCCCCGCUACCAGAGCUCCAGAUACGCAUCAACUACGAGCUAUUCGAGACGGAAAACCUUAAAUCCGUCCAGGGUGAGAAUGGUCUGUACAACGUGUCCAUCAGUGGCCGGAUACGAAAGGAUCAGCUCGAAUCGCCGGCCAUGAUCGAGUGUCUGCUCUCGAUACCGGAGACGAACUACAACAAGCGCCGCUCGACGACAUACUACGCGCGCAAAACUAAAUCUAACAAUAAACCGCUUCCAGAAUCGCAUCUGAAAACCACUACCACUACGGUGGCGACCACGACGACGGUCGAAAUGCUGCAAGCGGCACCGGAAAACCUACAGAAGAAGGGCUUUAACGCGACCGAUUCGAAUGGCGCUAGCAGCAGUCUUCCGGUGCCGCUACGAACGACCACAAGCGUGCUGGCGACCGUCGUGACGAUUUUACUCAUCUUCACCACAACGCUCUUGUAGAUGAGCUUGAAGCAGUACACCGACGUCGAGAUCCGGAACCGCCGAUUGCACCUCAACUUCAUACACAGCUAAGAAGCCGAAUCGCUUCCUCCAUGCAAUGGAUAGGCAACGACUACGGCCACUCCACUACCGUUGCGGUGUUGCCAGUCAUUUAGGCGCACAGGCCAGUGGUUAUUUUUUAGUUUCAUUUCAAGUAACACGAUAAUCAGGGGUACCGGGUGUGCUCGCCAUAACUGUGUGUAUGUGUGUGUAUGUGUGCAAUUCGUCAACGUGAUAGUCCAAAACUCCAAAGCUGCCGAAUGUGCGUAGUGCGGUAAGUUAGAAUGAGUAAAGCUGUGUAACAAUUUAGUGCGAACAGCAAACCAAGAAAGCUUACACUGUGCUUGAUCGUUUAUUUGCAAAACAUUUCAGCUACAGUUAUUGCCGUUGCAAGCAGCUGGAUUUGGUUAGUUUGUGUUUUUAAAUAUGAUUACCUCCUUAUAUGGUUAAGUUUAACUCUCUGAAAGAGGAUUUAAUUUUAAGACUAUAAUUAUUAAUCUGAAGAAACAGAGGAAUCACAUCUAAGAAAAUGCUACCGAAAUGGAUUUCAUGCAAAACUUAUGUUACCAAAUAACAAAAAUGAAACAAUACUAAUUUUUGGGCAUAAAGCUUUACAAAAUCGAAAGGCAAAAAAAGAAACAAAGCGAUGUGCUAACACUACCACAUCUUAAUGAAACCAAACCAAACUAAAUUGUUUUAUUUCGACGGCCACUUAGUG